GGCACAAUGAAGAGGAUCGGCAUUGUCGGGGGCAUCGCAUGGCCAAGCUCGAUGGUUUACUACAGGAGAAUCAACGAGUACUACAGAGAGCGCACCGAUAGCACCGAAAAUCACACUCCACGCCUAGUCAUGAUCCAGACAGACUUUGCGCUGAUCGAGAAGGCUCAAAAGGAAGGUGACUGGGAUCAAGUCGGAAGGAUCCUCGCUGGGGAAGCCCAGAAGCUCAAAGCAGCGGGCGCUGACUUCUUCCUUCUGGCCUGCAAUACCGUCCACACAGCCGCCGAAUAUAUCAUGAAUAACGUGGAUCUUCCGAUGCUGCACAUCGUGGAUGCUGCCGCGCGGAAGGUGGUCGAGGGUGGUGUCAAGACCGUAGGGCUUUUGGGCAGUCGAUACACCAUGACGGGCACAUACUUUGUCGGGCGCCUGCAGCAACAGUACGGACUCAAUGUUCUGGUGGCCGAGGGACAACAUCAGACGAACGUUCACGAUGCUCUUUAUGGAGAGUUGGCGAGCAACGUCUUUCGUGACGAGACACGCGCCAAGUUCAGGGCAGCGAUUGCCGACCUCAUCGACCGAGGCGCGGAACUGGUCAUCCUGGGAUGUACGGAAUCUGGAAUGCUGGUUGAUCAGAGCGACAGUGAGGUUCCCAUAAUUGAUACCAGCAUCGUUCAUGCUCAAGCAGCUGUGGAUCUGGCUUUGUCGGGUAAUUGACCUGGCUUCCGAGAAUAAACGGCAAAGAUGCUUCGUUGCCGUGAACAUUCAAACUGGAGCUGUAAAAGGCCCACAGUGUUUAGGGCAGCUCGGACAUCGAUGUCCGAAUAACUUCACACCGUAUAAAUGCUCGGUACUAAUUGCUACUGCUGUUCCUUC